AUGUAUAGUUUAAUUGCUAUUUUCUUAAUUGUUAUCACCAUUUGUUUUUUAUUAUAUAAUAAAAUCAAAAAUAACAAUAAUAAUAGUAAUAAUAAUUAUAUUAAUAAUAAUAAUAAUAAUAAUAAUAAUAAUAAUAAUAAUAAUAAUAAUAAUCAACAACAACAAUAUCAACAACAAUAUCAAACUAAUGGAGAUUUUAACUUCCACCACCAACCAAGAAAUCAAUAUCAAUCUCCACCACAACAACAUCAACAACAUUACCAACCAUAUGGAGAUUUUAACCAUUAUCAGCAACAAAAUCAUCAUUAUCAUUCUCCACCACAACAGACACAACCACCAAUGAACCCAUUUCAAAGCCAAUAUCAAUCUCCACACCAUCCACAACAAAAUUACCAGCCAUAUGGAUACAACAACCAGUAUCAGCAACCAAAUCAUCAAUACCAAUCUCCACCAAUGAAUCCAAACAAUAGCUUUAAUAGAAUUUCAAAGAGAUCAUUGGAAGCUGGUGAAAAAGAAAUGGAGUCCAAUAAAAAAUUUAAAUUUGAUGAUGAAAAAGGUAAUUUAAAUAAAGCCUAUGGAAUUUCAAAGAGAUCAUUGGAAGCUGAUGAAAAAGAUGAAAAUUCCAAAAAGAAAUUUAAAUAUGGAGAAAUAUCAAAUAAAUUUAAUGAAUUUUCUAAGAGACCAUUGGAAGUAAAUGAAAACAAUGUAGAUUCCAAAAAAAAAUUCAAAGAAGAUAUUUUAAACAAAAAUGGAAUUUCAAAAAGAUCAUUGGAGGCUGAUGAGAUUGUUGCAAAUUCAAAUAAAAAAUUUAAAAGUUGGUGA